GUUCCGCACUAGAGCAUGUCAAGCUGCGACCUCAAAUGAAUCCUCUGAUUGCAAUAUGUGGGACCACCGGAGUAGGAAAGUCUAAGCUGUCCAUCGAGCUCGCUCUCAAGUUGUCAGAGAAGCUCUACGGAGGACGCUGGACUGGUGCUAGGGUAAUAAAUGCGGACUCCAUGCAGGUUUACACCGGUCUCGACAUCAUAACCAACAAGGUGCCCCUAGCAGAACGGCAGGGUGUCGAGCAUGUCCUCAUGGAUAUCAAACAACCUGGGGAACAAUAUGUCGUAGGAGAGUGGGUGCGGGAUGCCAUAGACAUAAUUGACGAGACACAUCGCAGAAAUCAGAUUCCCAUCGUUGUUGGCGGGACAUCAUACUGGAUACAACAUCUCAUCUUCCCCAAUCGACUCGUUUCUCCCAGUGCCUCUCCCAGCCCGUCUAGCGUUGCACUCCCAAGUUCCGAACUUGCAGAUAGCGUCGAGGCACUCCCGCAGACUCUCCGACAACUCUAUGACAACCUUCCGGAAGUCCCGCCUUCCGCAGCUGUGGAUCCCGAGGCCGCGUAUUCGUUGCAUAGCCUUCUUUCAGCGCUGGAUGACCGCAUUGCGUCACGAUGGCACUGGCGAGACACGCGAAAAGUCCUCCGUAGUCUCCACAUCGCUAAAGAUUCUAGCAGAAAGCCAAGCGAAAUAAUUGAUGAGCAGUCUCAGACUAUGGUAGUCCCAAGAUAUCGCACUUUGUGCUUCUGGCUCUACGCAGACCUUCCCAUAAUCAACCCACGCUUAGAUGAGCGUGUGGAUGAGAUGAUACGUCUCGGUCUGGUUGACGAAAUCAGGUCAUUGCAGAGACUGGCAACAAUGAAUGCUGCUCAUAAUGACCCAGGGAAACCCGAAAAGCAAAUCGACAUGUCCAAUAUCGAUUUCACGAAAGGCAUCUUCCAGAGUAUAGGCUUUAAAGAGUUUCAAACAUACCUAGAAGCAUCAAUACCCGAUGGAAAGUUAUUUGAAGCUGCAGUUGAAACCAUGAAACAGUCAACGCGCAAAUAUGCCAAAAGACAGAUAAGCUGGAUACGCAACAAGCUAUUACCUGUCGUCAAUCGUGUCAAUUCGACGUGCUCCAGUCUAAAGGAGGCAUUGACCCCGACUUAUUUGCUCGAUGCAAAUGAGCUUGGCAUAAAGUGGGAUACGGAGGUUAGAGAACGCGCUGAGGCCAUUUCCAUUGCUUUUGUUGAGGACGAGGACUUGCCAGACCCACUUUCAUUGUCUGAUACCGCUGAAAGAAUGCUCGCUGUUGAAGAGAAGCUGACCGACCCUACGGCAGUUCUAGAAGCUCGUCGGAAAGUGGUGUGCCCGAUAUGCUCAACUGAUCCCUUGCAGCCAGUGAUGGUUGAGGAGGGGAAGGAGUGGGCUGUUCAUGCGAAAACACGACUGCAUCGACGCCUGUUGGCCAAGUCUACAGCAACUCCACACCGGAUAGCACGUCAAGCUGAAGAUGUCACCCAAGCGGAAGACGAGUUUAGUUUGGAGGGAUCCACAGCUUUUACAACCUAAUCUUCCAACGCUGCGGCAUUGAAGUAGGCCUUUCAGUCCUUCUUUCACUCAUUGGACAUGCUUGGCAGGAACGUUGGCUAGGUGUCGAGAAACGAAAGUACAAAGAAUUACUUUUUGAGCUCUGGAACGCUUAUUGAUGCAGUACCUCACCACUUUGCUACUUAGCCACUUGUUUUCGACACGCGCACAUAUGCAGUCAUAUAUUAUAUUGUCC